GUCGCGCUUCAAUUGUCCUCUGGAGUCCACGCAGAGUGGGAGCAGCUCAGCAGCAUCUCUCAGACCUGCACGGAACAACAAGCCCCGCGAGUGUGCGUGACAGCAUAGGUGACAUUAAUGAGUGGCGGGACACCUUCAAGAAGAUGUCUUCGUCACUGAGCGGGACAGAGGAGGCGCGCGUCUCGACGUUGACGCCCCUGAAGUUGGUGGGUCUGGUGUGCGUCUUGCUCGCCCUGUGUCUGGACGUGGGAGCCCUGCUCAGUCCUGCGUGGGUCACAGCCGAGGACCAGUACUACUUGUCCCUGUGGGAGAGCUGCUGGAAGCCCGUCAGCUCCGUGGAUUGGUCCUGCAACACAACCCUGGCCACCGACUGGCAGAUCGCCACGCUGGCCUUGCUUUUGGGCGGUGCCGUCCUCACGCUGCUCUCCUUCCUGGCGGCCCUGCUGUCCCUCUGCUGCAGCUCCAGGAGUCGCUACUACAAGCCUGUGGCCGUCAUGCUCUUCUCUGCAGUGGUGCUCCAGCUGUGCAGUCUGGUCCUGUUCCCCAUCAAGUUCAUCGAGGCGGUGACUCUGCGGGUGUACCACGAGUUCAACUGGGGCUACGGCCUGGGCUGGGGGUCCACCAUCUUCUCCUUUGGAGGCGCCAUCCUUUACUGCCUCAAUUCCAAGAACUACGAAGACUACUACUAGAGACCAGGGGGGGAGAGAACUUUCAGGGGAGAAGAAACACGGCAUGCUCUCGUUUACCUUGGGAUUAUUAGUUACAAAUGAAUCCAAGUAGUAUUCCUCUUUAGAUGCAUCACGUGACCUCACAGGUCUCCAGGAAGGAAGAUGGAGUUAGACCAAACAGGACACACAAACACUGCAUUCCUGUGAAAUAUCAGGACAUUAUGAAAGAUGGCAGAUGAUCAGUGGAUGCCUCACGCAUCUCAUGUGAUGCCUGAAUGGCUUGUUUUGGUCAAAGACCAUCAUUGUAGUAAUAAAACACCACUGUCUGUGUUGCAGUAGUGAAUGGUGACACUGCAUGAAGAUUAUUUAAUUAAAAAGUUACUUCCAGUACCAAA